UGCCCAAUGGCAACUUCGAGCUCGGGCCGAAGCCUUGGGAGAUGAAAGGCACGGUGGUGACGGGUCGAGCCGCCAUACCCGACUGGGAGAUCUCGGGCUACGUGGAGUACAUCAAAGCGGGCCAAAAGCAGGGGGACAUGUUGCUGGUCGUGCCCGAGGGCAAGUUCGCGGUUCGGCUCGGUAACGAGGCCGCGAUCAAGCAAAGAGUGAACCUCACCAAGGGCUCGUAUUACUCGGUCACGUUCACCAUGACCCGCACGUGCGCACAGGACGAGAAGCUGAACGUGUCGGUGUCGCCGAACGUGGAGGCCGACGACUGGGGGAUACUGCCUGUGCAGACUGUGUACAGCAGCAAUGGGUGGGACUCGUACGCGUGGGGCUUUCAGGCCGACGACGCCGAGGUGGACAUCUCGUUCCAUAACCCCGGGAUCGGAGAGGAUCCGGCUUGUGGCCCCUUGAUCGACUUGAUUGCUUUGAAGGCCUUGAAUAUUCCUAAGCGCACCCAGCAUAACUUGGUAAAGAAUGGGAACUUCGAAGAAGGCCCCUACGUUUUCCCAAACUCGUCCUGGGGAGUCCUAGUCCCGCCCCACAUCGAGGACGACCACAGCCCCAUACCCGGCUGGAUCAUCGACUCCCUCAAGGCCGUCAAGUACGUCGACUCCGACCACUUUGCCGUGCCGGAGGGCAAGCGGGCGGUGGAGCUCGUCGCCGGGAGAGAGAGCGCCGUGUCUCAGGUCGUCUUCACCGUCCCCGGCAAGGCCUACGUCCUCACGUUUGCCGUGGGCGACGCCAGGGACUCGUGCGAGGGGCAGAUGCAGGUGGAGGCACGCGCUGGGAGAGGCAGCGUUCGGGUCCCUUACGAGUCGAAGGGGAAGGGCGGCUUCGUGCGGGCUGAGCUGCGGUUUGAGGCCGAGGCGGCGCGGACACAGGUGGCGUUCCUUAGCUCCUACUACACCAUGGCGAGCGAUCACUCGGGUUCCCUGUGCGGGCCGGUCAUCGAUGACGUGAAGUUGCUCGCCGUACGUGGCUCGAAGUAG